AAAGAAACAAAGUAAGGGAAAAAGGUGUCCUCGGUUAUAACCUCCGAGGCCCCAUAAAACUCACGCACAAUUCCAAUAAAUACCUUCCUCUCUGCAUCCUCGCUUUCACAGAACAAAGCUAAUUCACCCUUUCUCCUCUCUUCCAUCAUGAGUUACUACAAUCAGCAGCAACCCCCCGUCGGUGUUCCUCCCACUCAAGGUUAUCCGCCCCCGGGGGAGACUUAUGGAAAGGACGCGUACCCGCCGCCGGGAUAUCCGCCGCAAGGAUACCCACCGCCGGCGUAUCCGGCACAGGGGUACCCUCCACCCUACGCACCUCCUCAGUACUCUCAGCCUCCGCCUCCUCAACAGAGUUCUGCCGGCGCUGGUUGCUUAGAAGGCUGCUUGGCUGCUCUCUGUUGCUGCUGCCUGUUGGAUGCGUGCUUCUAGGAAGGCGUUACUUUGGUCAAAUUGGAUUUGCAAUUGUAUUUUGACUUUGAACAUAAAGAAUAUUGUUCUUAAUUAGUUUCUUUAUUUUCUUUAAUUUUCCCGUUUUAUUGUUUACUUUUAUGGAUAUGAACUCUUACCUCCAAAGAUGAUACUGCGUCAUUAACAAAAUUGGUGGGUUUCUGUUUUUCUCGUGUUUUGUUUGAUGCCUUUAUUUAUAUUUGCAUUGAUAGAUAAUUCGAUGCAACAUCCUCUAAUAGCGUAGAAGUUAGCAUAAUAAAUAUUUCAUUUGUUGCAAGCAUUUGAAUUUGACAUUUGGAUUUUGGUGAAUUUGUUGUGUGUUCUGGCGCACGGAAAUAAAUCAUCCUUACAAUAACUCCAUUAAUUGAUUUGAGGUAUCAAAUCGAAGCAUAAACAAUUAGCGAUUGAGACGAAACGAAUAAUUGGCUCUUCUGCAAAUUCAAACAAAUCUUCGUAGCACGGAAGAGUUUGCUUGGCUUCUGUCUUUUUUCUUUUUUGGUAUCUUUGUGACGCGAAUUGCACUAUAACUUUUGCCUUUUGCAUAUGGCUUAGCGUGCUUUUGCAGCUUAUUUCGUAAUAAAAUGUCUCUAGUGGAUUCCCCAAAAACAGUUGAUUCCACCAUUGAAUAUAUACACGUUUUCUUCUCCAAAUGCCAUGCUUCAAUGAUGCAAAACAACUAUUGUUGGAUUCUUGACAAUAGUUGUUAAUCAAAUAUCCUUAUCUUGCCCAUGACAUUUGUACAGCAUAAUAAUGUGGUUAAUUGCGAUUGAUUUAGUGUUCCUAACGCAUUGAAAUGCGAUUUUUUAGGCAAUGAGAUAAUGGUGCAACAGCUUGCGAUAAGUGUGUUAAACUUAAUUGAUCUGGACGUGAUACUGGUUCUCUGUACAGGUCGAGGUGGGAUAGGACCUAAAACCUUAUCAGAAGAUGAUUCAACAAAUAAACAUUCAAAGACUUGGGGGAUCCUUUCGCAUGUGGAAACUGAGAAUUGAGUAUUUGGGUGACAAAUCUUCAUUAGUUAACAUAUUGGGUGGAUAUAUACAGAGAUUAAGAAUAUGUGAAGAUUUUAAAAAAUAAAAAAAAUAAACAAGACUUUUAAUUUAUUAAAGGUUGGGUAAGUAAAGUCAUUUAGAUAGCCAAGUGAGGGAGAGAAUAAGGAGAAAGAUGAUAGAAUGAAAAAAAUGGGUGUAGCAUUGUCAUGUGUGCUGUCUUUGAUUAUAUGGGAUUAUUUCUUCUCUCUUUGUAUUGCCGUGUGCAUAGGAGCGCCCCCAAUUCCGAAUUUUGCGGUACAGUUGCCAAUACUUAUUUACUACAUUUUGUUUUUAAAUUAUAAUAUUCUUUUU